AUGAAAAUGAAGGUUACUAGCUUAAUUAUACUGAAAGCGAUAGCCUAUAAGCUUAAUGCUGAAUUAGAGUGAAAAAGUCCUUGUAUUACGUCCUCGUAAAGUAUAUAUAAGGCGGUCAACGUAUCUGAACCGAAUCUACUCAUUAUUCGCAGCCCCUCUCUCCUUUGAAAAUCAUCAUGGUUCAAUUCAAACUCUUGGCUCUUCCUCUCCUGGUCGCUGCCGGAAUAGUAUCCGCCAAUGUUCAAUCCAUCUCUGACUGUCCAGCGUUGACUCCACGAAAGUCACCUCCUAAAGAUGUUACUGACCUUCGUCCUGAUGAUAUCAAGGUUGUUGCUGCUCUUGGUGACAGUAUCAUGGCCGGUUUUGCCAUGAUGGGAGUCAAUCAUGGUGCUCAUGGUACUGGUAUCGUAAACUUCACUUCAAUAAUGGAAUUUCGUGGUAACAGCUAUGGUAUUGGCGGUGAUACUGAUGCAGUAACUUUCGCAAACUUUGUCAAGCACUACAGUCCUAAUGUUAAAGGCGCAUCAAAGCUUGCCCACGUCAUGUCCUUUUGCAGUGCCAAGGAUUGUACAAUUCCAAAGAGUUUCUACCGACCUUUGAUUGAUAACCUUGAUGGUGCUCAAAGUGGCGCUAUUGCAAUGAAUCUUGAUUAUGAACUUGAUUAUCUUAUUCCUCGUAUGAAGAGUUACUUUAAGAAAGAUGAAGACUUUAAAAAGGCCUGGAAAUUCAUUACCAUUCAAAUUGGCAGUAAUGACCAGUGUGCUGCCUGCAGUGCUUCUGAAAAUUCCAAGUACGUUACUCCUGAACUCUAUGGAAAGUACGUUAACGCUGCCCUUCAGCGUAUCCAAAAAGAGAUUCCUCGUGUUGUCGUCAACUUGCUUGGAACUUUCAAGGUCUCUAAUGUUUUCCGUUUAACUGCUGAUCAUCAUGACUACUGUCCUCCAAAUGGACUUUUGGAAAAUGCCAAGGAAUGUGUCUGUGGUGCAUCUGAAGAAGGCUUGAAGGCAAUGGAAGCUGCUUCUGAGGGAUACAAUAAGCAAUUAGAAAAGAUAGCUGCUAGAUAUCCUGGUAAAUCUGGUGGUAGCUUUGCCGUUAUGUAUAGUCCUGCUCCUAUUGAUAUUCUCUCUUUUCCUAUUGAUGCCAUUAGUAAUAUUGAUUGUUUCCAUCCCAGCUUAAAGGGUCAUCAAUGGAUUGCAAAGAACUUUUGGAAUCAAAUUUUCCUGAGCAAAGAUAAGAAACCAAAACAUAUGAAGUUUGAUGAUAAACUCAAAGUUUACUGUCCUACUGAAAAUGAUCGAUUCCCUACUGCUUAAAUUAUUUUAAUAAAAUAGGGUCAGGAACCCUCAUAGAAUCUUUGUUUCGCCUGCCUUUGUAGCUG